AUGUCGAUUUUCGAGCAAGCACGCAGGGGCGAGCUCCUUGGCGGCAGGGUAAGGCGCUUAAGCUCGGCUUCCCUCAACUCGCAAGACCCGGAGACCGGGUUGACGCUGCUCGCCACAGCCGUGCUCUCCGGAGUCCCGGCAGAGGUCGAGCAGCUCCUCGAGCGUGGCGCUGUGGCCAACAAACGCUGCAAGAAUAACGAGACGCCGCUCCUCCUCGCGACCUGGCAGGCCACGGUCGAGCGUCCGCUGAUGGUGCAGGCCCUGCUGCCCUACCUCGACAAGGAAUCCCUCAACCACACAUGCAGAUCCGCCUGGGGCAACACACCCAUCAUGUGGGCCGUCGAGAAGAUCGACGCCGAUUCGGUGCGCCUGCUGGCCAAGGCCGGCGCCAAGAUCAAGAUUAAGAACGAUGACGGCGAGACGGCCGAGGGCAUCGCUGUGAGAGUCGGGAAGAAGUACUUAAUCAACUGCCUGCGUCCGGACGAGGAGCAGGCCCUUUUUAGCCGCCUGGCCACCGGUGUAGCGUAUUUCGGGCGCCACGUUGUGUCGUGGGUCGACAAAAAGUUCAGCGGCUUUAUGGGCAAGGUGUUUAAGUUUAAGGGGGAGAAGCACAACAGCGUGGAAGCGAAGAUGAAGGAGAUGAGGGCCAGUCCGGCGAAGCCCACAGCCAGCAAUUCGGCGAAGCCCGCGGCUGGCAAUCCGGCGAAACCCGCGGCCAGCAACCCGGCGAAGCCCACGACCAGCAAUCCAGCGAAGCCCAUGGCCGCCAAUCCGACGAAACCCACCACCAGCAAUUCGGCGAAGCCCAUGGCUGUCAAUCCGGCGAAGCCCGCGGCCGCCAAUCCGGCGAAGCCCACGGCCAGCAACCUGGCGAAGCCCAUGGCCCAAUCCGGCGAAGCCCACGGCCGAUAA